CCCGUUCCACGCGCGUGUGCGCUCUGACCAGGCUGGUCAGUAUUAAAGUCCUGGCGACUCCAAGCUGCUUACCCUCUUACCACGACCAUGCAUCUGUCCCUCAGCUCGUUGUUGCUUGCGCCGGUCGCAGUCUCUGCGCUGGCGACGCCUCUCGCCGUCCAGACCCCACUCAACAGCCUCGAGCCCAAAAAGGUCCCUGUGACGCUCGGGGUCAUGUCCCGAUGCCCCGACGCUUUGACCUGUGAGGCUGUCUUCGAUAGGGUGCUCACGCAAGUAGGGAACAAGGUGGAUCUGAGUCUGUCGUUCAUCGGCACGCUUAAUGCGUCCGAACCCGACUUCGGAGUGACCUGUAUGCACGGUCCGGAGGAGUGCAGGGGCAACGUGCAGGAGCUCUGCGCAUCUAAAUACGCGCCGCUCGAGAAAUGGUGGGACUUCAUCCACUGCCAAAACUACGAGGGCAGGUACAAAGUGGGGAACCCUGAUGUCGCCCUGCGCUGCGCCCGGACGGCGAAGCUUGACCUCGAAAACAGCGGCAUCGGGGAGUGCAUCGGCCCGGACGCGAGCGGGACGGGGGAGGAGGGCGUGAGGCUGCUCAAGGAGAGCGUGCAGAACAGCAAGGAUUUGGGCAUCGAAAAAAGCUGCACCGUUAUCAUCAACGGCGAGUUCGUAUGCAUUCGCGACGGAACAUGGAAGCAAUGCGAAAACGGCCACGAGCCUGAGGACUUCAUCCGCCAGAUCAACAACGAGUACAACAAGAUCAACGGCCUUUCUUUCGACUGAAGAUCUUCCACUGUAGGCGUCAUGGGGUGUAUGCUUUGUGCCGUGGACACGCGCUCGACAACAUGGUAUUGCACGAUCCGCGAUUCUAUUCGUCUAGCCUCCGAGUAGGAGCUCGUAUAUGAUCAAUGCUAUGUUGAGUAUUAUCAGAGGUACUGUUGGUGUCAGUGUACAUUAGCUUUGGUAGCAUAUGCAGUGGUCUAGCAGGCGCACUUC